AUGAGCAAGGCUUCCAAGGAGCAUGCGUAUGACCAGGUUAAGCGAGUCUUCCACUAUGAGGACGAUAAAAGAGGGUGGAUAAAGCGGGAAAUUUUACAAAGAAUAGGAAACUGCUGGAGGAAUUCAAGAAAUCAUUUGUUCCAUAAGGUUUAUGACGAAGAACUAACUUUUGAGGAAAAUAUCAAGCGUAAGCCACCAGGAAUAGAGGCAAAUCACUGGAAAAAGUUUCUUCAAUAUCGAUUGGACGAUGACACGAAGGAUAAGUGUAGAAAAAAUGCUGUUAAUCGUUCAAAGCAACAAUACACACAUACCGGAGGUUCUAAAAUGAUGGCAAGAAAGAGACACGAAGAAGAGCAACGACUGGGAAGGCCUAUUGGGAGAGGAGAGGGAUGGACCAUGAGUCAUAAAAAAAGGAAUGGAAAGUAUAUGAAUGAACAAGCGCGUUUGGUUGGGGAAGCAAUUGAACUUGUUGAGAGCCAAGACCCCUCUAGCAAGGAAUUUUCACAUAAUGAUUCUCUUGCACAAGUGCUUGGAAAGGAGCACCCAGGAAGAGUUUGUGGACUCAAUAUUGGUACAUGUCCGAGUCGGUGUUUUCGUAACAUUCCAGAGCAGUCAGACUACGGUGUACAGAUUGAGGAGUAUCAGAUGGAGAUUGUGAAACUCAAGGCGGAGGCAGCAGAACUCAAGGCGGAGGCAGCAGAACUCAAGGCAGCAGCAGCAGCAGCAGAGGCAAAGAGACAGAGAAUGGAGACAGAGGCAGCUGAAGGGAAGGCAAAAAUACAGACAAUGGGAGAUUUGUUGACAUACGUAAUCCAGCAACAAGGAGGUAAUUUGCCACCUGAAAUAGCUGCGGGUUUGGAUUCUUUGAGAAGUGCACCAACCUCAUCCCAUGCAAGAUGA